AUGACGUCUACCGCCCACCGCCGCCUACUCCAAGAGUAUCGCGCUCUCACCAACAAUCCACCAGAAGGCAUCACCGCCGGCCCCAUCUCUGAAGACGACCUACUUCACUGGGAAUGCCUUAUUCAAGGUCCUGAGGGUACACCCUUCGAGGGCGGCGUCUUUCCUGCGGAGCUCAAGUUCCCAAAGGACUAUCCGCUUGCCCCGCCAUCAAUGAAGUUCCUCGCCGAUGUGUGGCACCCAAAUGUGUACCCUAGUGGUCUGGUAUGCAUUUCGAUCCUUCACCCUCCUGGCGACGAUCCCAACCAUUACGAGCACGCAUCCGAACGAUGGUCACCUAUUCAGUCUGUCGAGAAGAUCCUAAUCUCUGUCAUGAGCAUGCUCGCCGAGCCCAACGACGAGUCUCCUGCAAACGUUGAGGCAGCGAAGAUGUGGCGUGAGCGGCGCACCGAAUACGAGAAUAAAGUCCGCGAGGGUGUCCGAAAAAUGCUGGGUCUAUAA